ACAUUUCUUCUUAACACUCGUGGACUUUAUUUACACCGGAAGCUUGUAAUCGUUUGCCAGUGUGGUGAUCACGUGACACACGCUCUCCCCAGAGAGCACUUCCGGUAACGUUUCCUGUGUUUGUAAACUGAAAAAAAAAAUUUGUUCGACAAGAAAAUAUUGGGCUACGGUAAAAGAAGAAGAGUAAGGCUUGGGCCCCUGAUGAUUGGGGCUUGUGUGGUCUCUAAACAUUCUCGCUGCCCAGAGCGAAGCUCUCUGUACCCCAACACACACAUACACACACACUCUCACCACAGCGAUGUCACACCUUUCCAACAGCUCAGUGCGAGAUCACAUGAAGUGGGCUGGGUUGCUGGGCUGUGAAGCGGUGCUGUCCAGCAUGGCACUCAUGCAGGCUGGCUCCAUGUCCAGUCAUAAGAAGAUGGGCUCUCAUCUGGGCCAGGGACAGAGAGAAAACCAUCACAGCCACAAUCACAGCCAGAACCACAACCAGGACACACACAGCCAACACGGCCACAUGGUGCUGCCCUCAGGAGUCAGCUGCCCACCACUUCUCAUCCGCAAGGAUGGAGAGUUUCACUCAUCCAGGCUCUUGGAUGAAAAAAACAUGCAAGCCAGACAGAACGUGCAGCCAAAGAAGAAGAACAGGAAGUCUGGACUUCCCACCAAAUUGAGAGAAAAGCCCCAGGUGGAGAUUCCUGAGGUUAAUGACGAUAACUCACUCAGCUCUCAAGUGCAGAAGAACUUCAUAUGUGAGCACUGCUACAGUGCUUUCCGCAGUAGUUACCAUCUCAAACGCCACAUUCUCACCCAUACGGGGGAAAAGCCAUUUGGAUGUGAUAUGUGUGACAUGAGGUUUAUUCAGCGCUACCACCUGGAGAGACAUAAGCGUGUUCACAGCGGUGAGAAGCCUUAUCAGUGUGACCGCUGCCAACAGAACUUUUCCAGAACCGACCGGUUACUACGGCAUCGACGUUUGUGUGCCGUGGGCAUCCCUAAAGAGGAGAACCAGCCGUGCUGUGAGGGACGGCCAUAUUCUCAGGACCCCUCCCAGCACACGGCGUCCUGGAGCCCACUGCAGACAAACAACAGCAGGCUGGCGGUGUGACCGCCUUCCGAUCGCUCGUGCAAACCUCUUCCCAGCAAACACCACCUGAACGGGGGUUUGAACCUGUAAACGGUUUAAAGACUACAAUAUGUCCAGCUCUGAUCAUGCGGCUCAACCCCAGUGGACUCUGGGAAAUAGCAUAUUUUGUAUUUUAGAUGGUACUGUGAUCAGCAGGCGGGUUAGUUGUGCAUUCAGUCCAGGCAAUAACGACCUCCGGUAGUUUAGAAUCACUUCCUUUUGUAGUUUCCCUUUGGAGCGCUGUAGAUUGUUGGGAUUCUCAGUGCUACAAUAUUAACCUGUGAACAUCUUGAGCCGUAGCACGUGGCCUUUUCGAUCAGAGAAGUUAGCCGUAGUGACAGUAGACGCAUUCUGGUAGGAUACGUUUUCUCAGUGUGCACAUCAAUUAAUCAUUUCCUAUUCUCAUUAAAUACUGUGAUAACGGCUCGUGACCAUUGACCGUUUUACACAGGCUUGUUACGGUUUUAGCAGAAACAUCUGGAACAUCAUCCAUCCUACAUCCACAGGAGAGCUCAUUUUUUGUGAGCUACAUUAUGGUGUCAAGCUUUUGAAGUUGGCCUUUAGGUCAACAUGAACACUGACUUUUCUUUGGGUAUUUGAGAAUGAAUGACAAAUUUCGUCACAGUAUGAUGUGACUCAUGCGGUAAGUCUGCUAGCAUCUCAGUUUCUCUUCUAAAAGUCACUGGAUCGACAAAGCCGAGCCAAGAAUAACAAAGCAAACCUUAUAACAGGUUGUACAGGUCAUAGAGAGACAGAUGUUUAUAUAAAAACCGCUAGUUUAUCGCAGAGGUCUCGUUAUAUGUUUCAUAUUCCGUCAACCUCGGCCCUUGAACACGGACUUCUGACGCAGUUGAGCUUGAGUUAAUAUAUUUUUUCAGCGUUUUAAAUAAUUUAAUUAGAAACCGUAGUAGUAUUAGAUGGCAGUUUCACUGUAUUUUUUUACAUGUACAUUUUGCAUGAUCCUUUCAUUAAGUGCGUACCGUAAAAGGUUCUUGUAUUGUGAUUGUUUAAAAGAAUGAAAUACACUUGUUUUUGUAAGAACAUUA